AUGGAUGGCAUGGCGCUCGAAAUCUCACGCUUUCGCGGGUGGGUACAAGUGAAGGAGCUUGUGGCUUACUUGGAUGAACUGCGAACAGGUGUGGCAGACGCAGAUUCUGCCAUCUGCCAGUCAAUACUCCAAGCCGUCGAACAGAACUUGGUCUCGCCAGAUGUUUUCAGCAUAUUCAUUUCUUGGUCGAAGUCUCCUGCCGUCAUCGCCAGGUGCCUGAAUUAUGAGUCCAACACGAAGAUACGGAGAUUCGCUAUCAGAGAACUUGGGAAACAUCUGAGACGCCCUGGGAAGUUCGACUGGGAGCUGACAUGGAAAGCUUUGGGGGGUACCGAAGGGCUCGUUCAGAUCUUCGGCAGGAGCUCCGUCGACGAAGUCAAGACGAUGUCGAUGCUCAUAGGAGGCUGUAACCGCGGCAAGAAGCACGAGCAAACACAGCGAUGUGUCGAAGAGCUCCUGCGGGCCCUGCUCCCCGGCGUCUACGCUUCUACUUCGACCAUACAGAGCAACGACAGACGCCCGAUCCAGCAGCAUUACGCCAUCAUGCUGCCCGCCUGCUCCCAAAGCUUUGUCAACGAAGUCCUCGACUCGCGUGACGAUGCCAACCCUCUUUACAGAUGGCGCGACCUGAAAAGACUGGUCCGGAGCCACAGGGCUUUGCUGAGAGGACGUGCGAUCAGCCACCUCUUUAGCAGCGGCCCAGAGGACGAGGAUGCUCCGAGCUACCUUGAUACCUUCUUGUUCGGUGACAGAGAAUUCGCGAUCAAGGCUCUCCAAGGUCGCCUCGAUGGCACUGUCACGGAUGAGCGGUGGGGGCAUAACGACGAGAUCGCGGUGUUGAUGCGCAAUGUGCGUCGUCUUGCCAAACACUGGAAAGCACCCGUCGAAAAGAAGCGCCGCAUUCAUGAUCUAAUCAAGCUUGGACUGGAAAUACUGGGAAAAGACCGUGAAAGGAGUAGUGACCUGUCCGAUAACCUUUGGGCCAUGACUUUUUCGCGAUGGCAAAUAUGGCCGGACCACUAUGAAGAUGUGCUUCGACUUGGCUUGCAGUUGGAUCUCGCCGAACGACCACACAAGGAUCCCCGAAGCUACCUCCCUGUUUUACGGCGCCUGGAACCGGGGCCGAGGGAGCGACUGCUUCAGCUUUGCUACCUGGAUAUUCCAGGAAAGCCGUUGGACCUCUUUGCCGCUGAGGACUACUCGGCGGUCGCUAGGCAGACUUGGCCUUUCGAAUUGUUCCGCCUCAUGAGCACCGAUCAAGCGAUCCGCUUGCUGAAGAAGUUAUACCAAGCGAAUCCGGAGUACAACUUCCUUGAAACAUCGGAUAGAACAUCCAUCCUCCCUGUCCGGGAUGUCGGACCACAGCGCAACUUCAACGUGGAUUUGUACCUAACAAUACUCCAGCGCGACAAGGAGAAAGUGCAACAGAAUUCCAGAGACACAAUCGAAAGGCUGCGGAAGAAAGCGUCUGCGGCCAGGGACCAGUCUGACAGGGCUUCACUCGCAAAAGCAGCGGCAUGCUAUGCAAUCGCGACUGGAGAUCUGGACGUCUACGGCGAAACCGUCGUCUGGCAGAAGCGCUUUGUCAAGGACCCACUAACAGCCAAGGUGCUGUUCAGCAGGGACGUGGUCCGCUCAGUUGAAGGUAUUGAGCUUCUAUUAGGGACUCCCACUCUCGACACAUUGUCUGCCACAUGCAAAGACAGCACACCGCUUCUCCUAGACGAGAUAUCUCGCGGGAUCAAAAGCGCAGACGCUGUUCUCAGGACUUUCCAGGAGUCGUAUCUCCUAGCAAAGCGAGAGCCGUCAUUUCAGGAGUAUGACUGGACGCAUGUCAAGGGACUAUUUACCGCGGUGUUCAGCUCGCGAUUUUCCCGGUCAGAGACCCUGCAAAGGCAUUUUAAUGUGCCGAGAAACGAAGUCUUCCGGAUAGUAUGGAAAGGCCUGCUGGCAGCGCUUGAGUGGCUUAACGCAGAUUUUCUCCAAGCUAUCCGAACUGCAAUCCAAGAGCUGCUGGGAAAGUCACGUCCUGAAUUUCUCGCGGACGCCACGAGAUCAUUGCUCGACAUCGGGACCGAGGGGCGGAAGAGAAAAGAAGAGAAGGGCGCAUCACAUCAAGCUCCGGCAGGGUCUCCGGGCGUUUUUCCGAUCGGGUUCCAGACCAAGGGCAUGCCCGCGUCUCCGCCGCCUGGGUUUCCCUCGGCCAUCAGGAAUUCAAAGCUAGGGGAUGAGACUCUUGAGCAGAUGUCCUACGAUGCUCUGACGAAGCUGGCAAACAGCGACAUGCCAGCACUUGCGUCGCCGCUCAUACUACAGACGAUCCUGGAACGGCCAGACGCGAGCUCAUGGCACAGGAUCUUACUGUCAGUUGGUUUCCUGAAGAGGUUGCGAGCUGAAGAGGCACAUGAACUUCUCUUGGGCCUCGCAAAAGGGAUUGGUGAAAAGCUGGAAGAGCAGUCGUAUGUCCGAGUGGGCGAGUCCGAGCCGCCAAAGCAUGCGCCGUCUCAGCCCGCCGUCAAGGUGACGACGGUGAAAUACCUCGCCCAGCUCCUGAACAAUGCCGAGUUCAUCUCAAAUGACGCAGCUGCUGAGGUGUUGAUUGAGCUGUUCAGGGCCGCGCAGCACCGGGAUAUUCGCAUUGCCGCGCUUGAAAGUCUUUUGAACUUGCUGGAUGGCAUCUGCACCGGGACGCAAGAAGAACUGCGAGCCAGCCCCGUGGUGCGCAACAUAAUGGCCGCCUUGAAGACUGUCGUUCCGGUGGCUGGGAGCAUAAACGAGCGACGCCCUCUGCGCAAAGAAGACUGGACGGAAGCAGAGACGACUGGAAUGCUACCAGAGUUGUCUGAAACGCCCCUGGACAGGCUGCCACCUUUGAUGAGAGCAGUCGUCAGCGCGGUCGAAUUUCGCUCGGGCCUUAAGAAACUGGAGAAGGAAUUCGUCGAGCACAUUGUUCUUCCCGUGCUUGAGCAGUCCCAGCAGGAGCACACAAGAUGGGUCAACAUGUUCCUCGCCAAGCACAAGGCCACUGCGCUGGGAGACCUCCUUCCGGAGACGCCAAUAGUGCCACUUCUUUGGACCACCGUUUUGUGCAACUACUACCGUUUCAUUCCCAAGGAGCAUCUAGCAGCCUUCAACAGAUACGCAAUCCACCGCAUCGCGCCGACGCCCGCAAUCGAGAAGUUCAGUGCAUCUUUGCGGGCUGAUACGGAGCUGUGGGGGAAUCCCGAGGUACAGCACUGGCUAGAGAGUUAUGCCGGCGGCGAUUUUCACCCCUACCGCUCGCCGACGAACACGCUGUUCACGCUCCUCAACUCCGUGCAGGACGAGCCCGCUGAGCGUGCUGUUUUGCUCGACAUGAUUCUCCAGCACGCUGCGUUGUAUCUCGAGGAGUAUGAAAAGUACACAGACAUGUGGGACAAUUUCGUGAAUUCUCUCGAGCCACGUGCAGCGUCCGGUACGAUGGAGGAUGAGGUUGAAUACAAGAGAUGGUACGAUAAUCGUCGUUUCAUUGCAUUGCAGGUCAUAAAUCUGGUCAGAAACAAAAGACAGCAGGGGCGGCGCCUCAUUCUUCCCUCCACUACGAAACUCGAGCUCUGGCUCCUCUUCACGAUGGGCUGGUACAGCGCGGAUGACAGCUGCAAUGAUUUUGCCUCGAGGCUGGAAGAGCAUCUGUUGGCUGUUCUUCAGGAAGACGAGACAUGUGCUCUCCGGUGGUACGAGGUCGCACGCGCGACCUGGGAGGUGGUCGAAGCGGUCCUCAACACGGACGACGAGCGCUUGAGAGUUGCGUAUCAUAUCGGCAGGCUUGGCCAGGCUGGCCAGGCUGCGGGCGAGACGAGCCGGCAGCUGAGGGUGGCCUUGGACUUGGUCAAGCUUGAGGUGACUCUGGAACUCAUAGGCUCGUGCGAGACGGACAAGAUUGGCGAUUCAUUGACGCGUCGUCUGGAGGAGUGGCGUGCAUGUGACUCUGAUACUAUCAGGCGGAUGGUGUUUCAAUGGGAGGCAAGUAGGUCGACGGUGUAA